CCUUCAGUGCAGCGUCUGAAUGGAAAUAUGGACACCUUCAAUGGAGGAAUUUUGAUUCAACAUGCCCAGGAACUAUGAGCCUGGUCACUCAGUAGGGAUGUUGGCUGCCGUGGAACAUGGUCCCAUCCUCUGCAGCGACUCCAACAUCCUCUGCCUCUCGUGGAAAGGCCGGGUCCCCAAGAGCGAGAAGGACAAGCCGGUGUGUCGGAGACGGUACUAUGAGGAGGGCUGGCUCGCUACGGGGAACGGGAGAGGAGUUGUUGGGGUGACGUUUACAUCGAGUCACUGCAGGAGGGACAGAAGUACACCUCAGAGAAUCAAUUUUAACCUGCGAGGACACAACAGCGAGGUUGUCUUGGUGCGUUGGAAUGAGCCCUUUCAGAAGCUGGCCACCUGUGAUAUGGAGGGAGGUAUUUUUGUAUGGAUCCAGUAUGAAGGAAGAUGGUCUGUAGAGUUAGUGAAUGACAGAGGAGCCCAGGUGAGUGACUUCACUUGGUCACAUGAUGGCACUCAAGCCCUCAUCGCGUACAGGGAUGGCUUCGUGCUGGUGGGCUCAGUUAGCGGACAGAGACACUGGUCCUCUGAGAUUAACCUGGAGAGUCAAAUCACCUGUGGCAUCUGGACGCCUGAUGAUCAGCAGGUCUUGUUUGGUACAGCAGACGGUCAGGUGAUAGUGAUGGACUGUCACGGACGGAUGCUUGCCCAUGUUCUGUUACAUGAGUCUGAUGGGAUUGUGAGCAUGUCCUGGAACUGCCCCGAUUUCCUGGUGGAGGACAGUACAGAAAGCGACACAGACUCUGAUGACAACAUUCUGCCUUUGGGUACAAACAACCCCCCCCCCGCCUCUGCUCACAUGACAGCUUGCUACCUUGUGCUUAUUAUGGAAAUCUAAUGUACAUACUUUUCUUUUUUCUUCCAAGUGCGGAGAGUUAAACCUCUGUUGACAGUCACCUUCUUAUCUGGAGAUAUCAGUUUAAUGAACAACUAUGAUGACCUCUCUCCUGCUGUAAUUCGCUCAGGGCUGAAAGAUGUUGAGGCCCAGUGGUGCUCCCAGGGAGAUCUGCUGGCUGUGGCCGGCAUGGAGAGACACGGUCUUCCUGCCGACUCUGCAUGUGCGUCCAUCAUGAGGAACGCCCUUGUUAAGUUCUACAAUGUCCAAGGAGAACACAUCUACACUUUGGAAACACCUGCACAGAGGCCCAUCACCACCAUCUGCUGGGGUCACAGAGACUCUCGUCUGUUCCUUGCAUGUGGACCAGCGCUGUAUGUGGUGCGUGUGGAGCACCGGGUGGCCAGCCUCCAACUCUUAUGCCAGCAGGGCAUCGCCAGCGCCCUGCGAGAGGAGAAAGACGUGGGAAAACUUAACAUGCCCUCGCUGCUCUGCUCUUAUGUCACGACAGCUUUCAUACCCACCAUCAAGCCCCCAAUCCCUGACCCCAACAACAUCCGUGACUUUGUCAGCUAUCCCACAGCUGGGAAUGAGAGGCUCCACUGCACCAUGAAGCGAGCAGAGGACAGCCCGGAGGCAGGCGGACCCUGCUACACGCUCUAUCUAGAAUAUUUAGGAGGGCUGGUGCCUAUUCUCAAAGGAAGGCGCAUCAGCAAACUGCGGCCUGAGUUUGUCAUUAUGGAUCCAAAAACUGACAGCAAAGCAGAGGAGGUGUGUGUGAAUCCCAUGAUCUCAUACACUGACAGCUGCAACUGCUCUGACUCCAGUGACAUUGAGUUGAGCGAUGAGUGGGUCGGGAAGAAGUCACCAAAGUUAUCCAGAGGAAACAGGUCACCUAAACUCUUCAUGAUGAACAUGGAGUCGAGAAAAUCUCCCAAACUGUCACGCGCCAAUCAGGAAGGCCAGCGGUCGCCGCGGUUACCAACAAAGAAGCCUCCAGUUCGGUCUCCCAGUCUAACACGUCGGGAGUUUUCUAUGGAUGGGAUUACAGAGCACAACUACCUUGCUCAAGUCACAUCCAACAUCUGGGGGACAAAGUUCAAAAUUGUUGGACUUGCUUCGUUCCUCCCUGCCAAUCUUGGUGCAGUCAUCUACAAGACCAGUUUACUUCAUUUGCAACCGAGGCAGAUGACUAUCUACCUUCCAGAGGUGCGAAAGAUUUCUCAUGACUUCAUGAGCCUGCCCGUGUUCAACCCCAAUGUGUUCAGUGAGGAUGAAGAUGAUUUACCAGUGAUGGGACCUUCUGGAGUGGCAGGAGACAAUCCUCCCUGUACGGUCAACAUUCCCAUCGCUCCCAUCCACAGCCCAGCUCAGGCCAUGUCCCCGACUCAGAGUAUUGGCCUGGUUCAGUCUCUUCUGGCCAAUCAGAAUAUUCAGCUUGAUGUCCUGACCAACCCUACAGCUACUGCAGCGGCAGCAGCUGCUGCAGCAGCGGCUUCUGUUCCUGAUCAUAGCCAGGAUACAGUCGCAACACCGUACCCAGUGCCAACUAGAUACUCAAACCCUGGUCAAGUGAUCUUCAACGGACUGGAGAUGGGUCCUCUUCUGCCUGGUACUCUACCACCCCCACCUCCACCUCACCAUCUCCCGCCGCAGCCUCACCCACAGCGGUCUCAUUCCCAGGGCGAGCAUGGACACACUCUGAAACCAAGCCUGCCGCGGACUUUACCCCCCUCCUUCAGUGACACAGAUGGGUCUGUGGAGAUUCAGAUGAGGAAGGUGAAUCCUCCUCCUCCAUAUCCAGGCACUGUAGUGUCUGCAGCUGCAGCCACAGCCGCCACUACACCUCAGACUCUUGUCACAAACUGUGACAGCCCAAGUGUCCUGGCACCCGGCCCCUGUCUGAAGAAGGAUGACUUCUUGCUUCAUCCUGUCACCAUACAGUACCCAACACCUCUGGGGUAUGAAAGGAUAACGACCUUUGACAGCAGUGGAAAUGUGGAGGAGGUUUGUCGGCCACGCAGGCGCCUCAUUCGCAACCAAAACGCGUAUGCUGUGCAUGGCAUUGGAGGCUCGGCCACACUCAAAGUCACCUCCUCUGAGAGUAAAAAAAUUCAGCUUCCAUACAGCUCAGCAACACUGAGUCGUCUCUCUGUCCCUCGAUACUCGAUACCAAGUGGGGACCCUCCUCCUUACCCUGAUCCUGCCAAUCAAGUAACUGCCCCUCUUCCUCCUCCCCAGAGAAUCGAUAGCAGUCUGAUUCAUGCCACUCUACGUCGCGACCGCAGGGAUGUGGGACUUAAAGUGCCACAGAUGAUGGAAAGCUCAAGAACCCUUCCCACCAAGGCUAAAAUGAACAGUGCAUUAGCUCUUACCUACCAGCAGAGGGUGCCCACUGCACUGUACACAUGCACACAGUGCAGCAGUAACAGCAGCAGCACCAGUGUCAGUGUCAGUGGGGGUGGAACUACAAGCAGUGGUAUUGCAGGUGGCACGGUGGUGAGGCAGGACUUCCCACCAGGAAAAGGUGCACAUCAUAGUACGAUUAUUGUGCACUCCAAAAGUGCCUCCCCCUUGGCCUCCCAGUCAUCUUACAGUCUGCUGGGUGCUGUCGAUAACAGCCGGGACAGAACAGUGUAUGUUAACUCUGCCUUUACUGAAGAUGAGACUUUGAAUCAGCAGUGUCACCUUGAAAAAUCAGUGCGUCAGCUGACUCUCGGCGAUGUCAGUUUGACAGUGAAACGCCCUCCGCCUUAUCAGUGGGACACCUCCACUACAGAGGAGUUUUGGCUCACCCCAGAGCAAACAAUGUUAGCUCCCCCACCAGGACCUCAUAAACCACCUCCACUCAUUAUCAGUCAAGCGCAGCACUUGGACAUGACCCGGCUUCCUUUUGUCCUCACUACCAAACCACCAAGCAGUCCAAGCACGAGCACUCUUACUUUCCCAUCAGGUUACCAGAUAUCCCUCUCACCUUUUCCUCCAGGGGUGGGUCACAGUGGACCCCCACUUCAGACCUUACAGAACCCUCCUCCACAGUGCUCUCCAAACGAAGUGGUUGCUCCUGUCCCUUUUGCUCAGCAGGAUGCCAGUUUGGUCUUGCCACCAGGUUACCCUCCAAAUCUUGCUAACUUGGCUUGCUGCCCUCUCCCUCCGAUGUAUCCUGGAGCCAGCUCGUGUGCCGGACUCCAGCUGCACCCCGUCAGCCUUCACCCCUGGAACCCUUACCCCUGCCCGCCACCCAUGCAAGACCCUCCAGCCCCUCCCCUCCCUACCAAAACUCAUCAGAUUUUAGAGAAGCCAAUUCUCUCCCCACCUCCCCCAACUGCACCACCUCCACCACCCCCUCUCCCCCCUCCUCCUCCACCUACUGAGCUACCACCAUCCAAAAGUGCCACAGAGGAUCUGACAGAGUCUGCGAACAACUUUCCAGAGCCAUCAUCCCUAAAUGAAAGCCCAGUGCCGCAGGAGUCAGAGCACUUCAACAAGAAGAGCCGUAAAAGACUGGACAGCAGAGCUGAGGAGGCCAACAUGCCCACUGUCUCUGAGGGCAAAUCCAGGAAGGAGGGCCGAGCGCUCUCUGACUUCAACACGCUCAUUUCCAGCCCGAGGCUUGGCAGCAGAGAGAAGAAGAAGCCCAAGGGGCAAAGAGAGCAACUCAAUAAAACCAAGAAGAUGAGCAGGACCACAAAUGAGUUCCAGGAUAGCUCAGAGAGUGAGCCGGAGCUGUUUAUUAGUGGCGAUGAGCUCAUGAACCAGAACCAGAGUAGCAAGAAGAGCUGGAAGAACAAGCGCAGCCUGCGUAUGGCCAGCGAGCUGGAGGAGAUUAAAUGUCGCAAGGCAAAUGAAAGAGAAGACCGUAGUUUAGGCAGCCAGGGAUUCGUCUAUGUUAUGGCCAAUAAACAGCCACUGUGGAAUGAAGCCACGCAGGUCUACCAGCUAGACUUUGGAGGGCGAGUCACCCAGGAGUCAGCAAAGAAUUUUCAGAUAGAGCUGGAUGGUAGACAGGUGAUGCAGUUCGGCCGAAUAGAUGGGAAUGCCUACAUCUUGGAUUUCCAGUAUCCUUUCUCAGCAGUGCAGGCAUUUGCGGUUGCCUUGGCCAAUGUGACUCAAAGGCUGAAGUGAAAAGGUUAUUUUGUGUUGAUGUAGACUGAUUCAAAGGAUGCCACUGUGGUGUUGCUGUGCACCCCUCGUUGUGGGGCUGUAGCUGGGAAAAUGUCGGUGUUGUGGCUCCUCUUCAAAGAACAGGAGCUUAACAUGCAAGUUGGUCUUGCACAUGGAGACAAUUUACAGCUGUCUUUUGAAGGCACAGUCGCUCUAAGUCAGUGUUGAUGAAAACAAAAGCAGUUAAUCCAUAAUUUCUAGUUCGUAUAUUGAAUGUAUUCAAGCUAAAGUUAAUUAUUGUUCAACUGUUAUUUACUGGUAUAAAAAAAUACUUUGUCAAUUUUCAUUGGGUAAACAAAAUGUAAACUAAGUAUUUGUUGGAAUUAAUUUAUUUUAAAAGACGUCUGGAGGUUUAGUGCCACCUGUGGUGCCAAAGACAUCUUCCCACUCUUUAAAUGUUGACUAAUUAAGUUAUUUCAGUGUAUUAAAAUUCUUUAGUUAUUUAAUGAUUUAAGAAAAUAGACACAGGAAAUAUCUUGAGGUACAGUGGCAUUCAAAACUGCAAAUAAAAUUUCACUAAGCCAUACCAUAUCUGAUACAAACACUGCACUAUUUUAAUUCAGUUUUAAGUAAUCAAGUAAAUGAAAUGUAGGGUUUCAUGAUGAGUAUCACUCUUGUUGUUGGUGUUUCAGUACGCUUUUUUGUGUCUAUUCUUCAUUCAAAUCCCUUUUUCUUUCAAGGCAGUUAUUCAAUUUUUUUUUCAGUUUUGUUUGUAAACAUUUCCUAUACAUUAUGUUUAAAUUGCUGAACAUGCAUUAGAAGAAUAUAUUCAUUUUAUAGCUGUAACAUGAAGAGCUGAGUACAGUUUAAUCAUAGUUUGUAUAUUUUCUAUCCAUGAUACUUCUAUGAAGUGGUGCAAUGAACAUAGGAAAUGAUAUUCUUUGGCCACAACACUGCAAAUCAUUAUUCACAGCCAUUUUAAUCUGACAGUGUAUUAUUUUUUUUUCUUAUGUGUAAAUUUAAACACAGUUUGUUGAUUCUCCCUUCCCUUUACCAUGGCUGAAAUUGUCAGUAAUGGUCUACAGUAAGUCUGUUUGUGCCAAAUAUAGCCAAAUGUGUUUGGCUGAUAGUAAGUCAGUAGGGAAAAUAGUACAAAAUGAUCUUACGAUGGUUUCAUCCCCAAACAGAAUAAUUUGCAUCCAGUAAAGAUUGAGAUCCUCUCAAUCAGUCUCACUUGGCUGGCUCUGUGUUGUUUCCAUUGGGUGUUUAUGAUGCUACUUGAAAACUGCAUUUGAAUGUGAAGUACAGUAGUUUGCCUCAUUGGAAAUCAGUGCUGCUUUAGAUAGAUAGAGCUUGUGUGCAGUAAUGCUACCUACAUAGAACUGAUGUUGUACUUGCAAAAGAAAAUAUAACGCUUCUUGCACAGUGUAUUUAGUAAGUGACCUAACAUCAUAAUAUGCUUAGAAAAAUGUGCUUAUAUGUUGCUAAGUUCAGUAAUUUUGUACUUCAUCUUUACUUCAACAUGGUACCAAGAGUUUUUUGAUGUUACACUUGUAGAAAAAAAAGAAUGAGAACAAUAAACUUGCAAAGGUGUUAAAUACAACAUAUUCAUAAGUUGUUAAGAUGAACUGUUUGUAGAAGUGAGAUUGUAGAUUUGGUGCUAAUGUAUAAACAAACAAAUGUGGAAAUGUCAUUUGUUAUUAGGAGGCUAUUUUAAAGAAAGUAUUUUGAGAGCGGCUACAGGAAAUUUAGUGCAUAGAGUUUUCAUUAAAGAGCUUUUCAUCCAAUGCAGCUUCAGAGACUUCAGCAACAGUGUGUGUCAGUUAUCAGCAAUACUGCCUAAUGAAUAGUUGGUU